UGGAGUGGCGGAGGAUGGAACCGACGUGGCUGAGUUUGGGAGGCGGAGCUGCAGCUGCAGGGGCGGGGGUCGGGGAGUCCCGAGCGGAGACGCAGCUGGAUGGCAGGGGCAACCCGGAGCUGCCCGGCGUCACACGGACUUGCUCACAGUUGCUCAACACUAAUGUGAUAUAUGUGAGAUUCAGUGACAGAAGGGGGAUUCUGAAGUGCCACUCAGGAAGCGCAAGAAUGGCUUCAUGUUAUAGUGCCAUUUCCAUGUAGGAAAAAAAGUGCAUAAACCAGCCAGGCUGAAGCGGCACUGUAAAGAUGUGGGGAAAGGUCCUUCUCCCGAGAACUCUCUCUUUCUUGCUUCUUUCUCUUGCCUCCUGGGCCCAUGACCUUCCACUGGGCCAGGCUGCCGGCGGGGCCAGCUCACACUGCGAAAGGGAGGGCAGCUCCUGGGGAGCCAUAUUCAGCGAGGAACGCCUGGAUGCCUGGGUCUGUUCUCUGAUUGGUUCCCUUAUGGUGGGGCUAAGUGGAGUUCUUCCUCUGCUGUUCAUUCCUCUGGAGAUGGGGGCAGCUCUGAAGUCGGAAGAAGGAUCCCAUCGAAUGAAGCAGCUGUUGAGCUUUGCUAUCGGGGGGCUCCUGGGCAAUGUGUUUCUGCACCUGCUCCCUGAGGCCUGGGCCUACACCUGCAGCGCCACCGCAGGAAGAGGGCAGAGUUUCCAUCAGCAGAAGCUUCUGGGGCUCUGGGUGAUCAUUGGCUUGCUGACCUUCCUGAGCCUAGAAAAGAUGUUCCCAGACACUGAAAAGCGAGGGAGCUCCAGCUUGGCUGGUGAUCCCAGGGCACCUGUCCAAAGGAUUCCCAAUGGGAGGAGCGUCUCUGUGCAGGAGGCAGCUGGCCCAGCCCACAGAAAGAAGUUGGGUGCAGCUCAGCGUAAUGGUUCUUCUCAUUUUCCUUCACCAUCAGCUCCAAAAAUCAAGAUCAGCGGAUACCUCAAUCUUGUGGCCAACACAAUUGAUAAUUUCACACAUGGUCUGGCAGUGGCAGCAAGCUUCCUCGUGAGCAGAAAGGUUGGGCUCCUGACCACCCUGGCAAUCCUUCUGCAUGAAAUACCCCAUGAGGUCGGAGAUUUUGUCAUCCUCCUGCGUGCUGGGUUUGAUCACUGGAGUGCAGCCAAGUUGCAGCUCUCCACAGCCCUAGGGGGAAUUCUUGGCGUUUGCUUUGCCAUUUGUGCCCAGUCACCUAAAGGGACAGAGGAAACCAUAGCCUGGAUUCUUCCUUUUACUUCUGGGGGAUUCUUAUACAUUGCCUUGGUGAAUGUUGUGCCUGAUCUCCUGGAGGAGAAGGACCCUUGGAACUCCGUGCAACACGUCCUCCUCCUGUGUACAGGCAUCAUCAUCAUGGUGCUUCUCUCGCUCACCCCGGAAUGAGCUGCUCCUGCUCAGGCCUCCUGCUGCUGCUUCCCGAAGCUGCCUUCAUUCAGGACUGUCACAAAGCAAUAAGGGACACCCAUGGAUUUGUCUUCCUUGUGUGACUGUGGAUCUGGCUGCUAGCAUGAGAGGUGGAAAAGGGACAUGUGGCUGUUUUGUGGGGAGGAGGUGGGGAAUGCUGGACUACUUUUCUGAAGUUCAAAGUGUCGGAAACCAGGACUUCCAAAGUUUUGGGGAAAGGAAGUGUGGAUGGUUUGUAUUUUUCUAGGGGUGUGUGUGUGUGAUAGAGCGAGUGAGCAUUUUUAAAAACUAUUUAAACAAAGUAGCAAUGAAGAGAGGAAUGGCGUUCAGUGGCAUGGAUAGUGUUGCUGAUUGGCCUGGGUGAGGCUGAUGUGCCGGAAUCUCUGGGGCAAACCUCUAGAACAGAAUAAAAGGCACUACGGCAGUAGCUGGGCAGAGAUGUCAGACGGCGCUUCCACCCCAGGCUCAAAGGUAGCGGAAAAGGCUUUUCAAAACAGCAGCAAGGUACCUUUUCCAUGUUUGAUUUGAGAGUAACAUAGGAAGCUGCCCUAUCUUCCUCGGACUCUGUUUGUCCAGUACUGUACCCUGAUUGGCAGCAGCUCGUCAGGGCCUCUGGUGCAGAGGGGUCUUUCCCCUCCCCGCUCCUGGAGAAGCACCUUGAAACAGAAGCAGCUGGGAUUACACUUCUGCACACACCACUGAGCUCAGCAGCCUCCUCAUAGAGUACCUCUCCAGAUCUUCUGGGAAAAGGUCUUCUCCUGCCUGGUCCUCUCUGUCUUUCCAAGCUGGUAACUGAAGAUCACUUUGGACUGUGCUGCUCCUUUCCUGGGCUUCUUUGGUGCAUAUGUGUUGUACUGAAAUCAGGGAUCGUGGCGGAAAUUUCUGGAGGCCUUGUUCACUAACUGUGUCUCAAACUAGGACCCUUUCUCCUUCCUCAUCUGCAGGCCCCCAGGUGUUUUCAGGCUCCUGCUCCCAUCAUUGAUGGCAUUGCAUUGAUGGGUGUUGUAGUCCAGCUGCCCCUAGGGGCCCAGAAUGGAGACCAGUGCCCCAGAGGGAGUGUCCUACCCUGCUUCCCCUCUAGUUUCCCUUGGAAAGAGUUUCUUAUCCUUCCUGGCCAUGGGGCAGCUUGACAUUAGCAGGUCCAGCCCCUGUUGGGGGACACGUGGCCCUCCCUAUAUUGCUGGACUCCGACUCCCAUUGGCCUUGGCCAGCCAUAACCAAUGAUGAGACAGGUUGGGGGUUGCAGUGCAGCAACAGCUGAGGCACUGCAUGUUCCCCUUCCCUGUGGUGAGAUCGUUCACUCCUGUUUUGGCUUGCUUGGCAGCUGCUUGUGAAAUAGCCUGGGCCUGGCUCGGACCCUGGUGAGUGAGAGAAAACAUCGGUUGGGAGGCCGUAGCUGAGCAUGGACCAGCAGUGUGAGGGAAGAGAGAUGCUUAAGGCCUUGCUGGCACAUCUGUGGGAGAAGAGCAGAAACUGUAGCUGCUUGUGGCCCUCCAGAUACUUUAGCCUGCAGCUCUCAUCACCCCAUGUAGCAAAUGCCCCAAACUUGGGAGGGCCACAAGCUCCCCACCCCUGUUCAAUGGGAAAGGAGAAGAAAUCCUGAAAAUGGAAAGGUCUGUGCAUAUUCUGUGCUUAUCCCACACCAAUCAAGUACAGAUUUCUGCAGCUUUGCCAGGCAGGAGGCAGGCAAAGAGCUAUGCAAGGACACAGAGGAAACUCCUUAGCCAAAGGAAGUGUGUCUCAGGGAAGAGGAAACUGGCUCUUCCUCAUACUGGUUUUUAAGAAUUUAACAUACUUUCAAGCCAUCCCCUUAGAAGCUGCUUUACAGCCAAAAAACUGAAAAGGCAGGGGGGAUCGAGAUUUUCGGCAUUCACUUCUUUUGCCAUGCUGCCUUCGCCAAAUUGGACCGUAUAAAAACAGAGCCCUAAUUGCUACUGGGCCACUGAGGAGAACUCUUCCUGGAAUAUCUAUUGUCUUUAUAUUUAAAAUGAGGGCUGGCAGUGGGUUAGACUCUAACCGUUAGAGCCUCCCUUCACCCCUCACCUUAUCAGGGGACAGAGGGAGCAGGAGAGAUGGCUGGGAAAGCAGCAGCAUUGGUAUUAGCCUGACAUGAAGGGAAAUGCAGGGCUCUGUCGCUGCCUUGUUUGCCCCGUGGAGUGGCUCCUAGCAUUUGCCUCACCAUUCCAGGCCAGGCCAGGCAAAAAAUAAGUGUUCCCUGAUUGAGCAGAUGGCCAGCCUUUUCUGCAUCUUGCUCCAUGCAUCUGUACUCCUCAGUGUUUGAACACCUUUUUGCAAUUCAGCACCCAUUUUCUGAGCAGCCUCUUCCUUGGAAUUCACCUCGCUGUUCUGGAACGAGCCGCAGUGGGCCCCCGCCGUCCCCAGCCUGCUACUAUCUCGGUGCCCCGUUUCUCUUCCAAAGCAUUCCUGCAGGCUGUGCUGCUCUUCCCACUCCAGUCGACACCUUAGGGUGUCAUUUCUGGGAUGGUUCUGGCACAGUUUAGGAGCGCAGUGGAGAGGGAUGUUUAAUGAGACUGGAGGGUGACGUACCCACUUGGUUUGGGUUGUUACAAUAAGGCUGUCCAUGAUGACGUUUGAGAUGCUUAAAGGGAAGGUCAGAUGAGUUCAGACUGUAAUAAGUUCUUGAGGGUUUUCUCCCAUGGGCUUGGGAUGUAUCUUUGCGCUCAGAGACUAGAGUCCUCAGAUCGAUCAUCAGGACUGUGUGAACUCCACCGAGGGCUCCAGUCCCUGAGACUGCUCUGCACCAUUGCUCACUGGGCCCCUAGGACAGCCUCAUGCGCAGUGCCCUGAACAUGGUCUGAUGUGGUACGAGUGACUUCUAGGAUGCAAACUGGCCAGAACAAUCUGUGGGACAAGCAGGCAGCUGCCAUCCAGCACUCUGUCCCUUUCUGGACAGCCAUCGCAGUUUAAGGAGGGAUGGAUAACCGCACGCCAGCUUUCUGUCACAUUGAAGUGAAAAAACAUCUCUAGAAUAAAAAUGCCAUGAAUUUGGUUUGGUGACAGUAGCUAAAGGGUGUUUGCCAUACAGAGGAAAAAUGCAAUUGCCUCUCCCACAAAGCACCAAUGAAUGCAGCUAAUGUGGCUCAUUGGCUUUAAUCAUGAAACAUGCUAUCUUUCUUGUCUCUCCUCCCGCCUUUCUUUUUCUUUGCCCUUCAAAAGUUGUCUUUCCUUAACAGCUGUUCUCAGCUGUUAGGCGUUCAGCUCCAGAAAAAGAUUAUUCCCCCAAAGAUACCCUUCCUCUUUGAGGCAUCCUGAUUAAUUGGCAUUAGGCACUUAGUGAUGCUUUAGAAUGCUAAUCUGCCACAGCUGAAUUUACUCCUGUCUGGACAGGGCUGCUAGCAGGCCUCCUUGGAGGAGGUAAAAGAGCCACACAGGGCAUGGCAUUUGAUAUUUUCCAAGAAUAUUUGUUUUCUUGAACACUCUGGUUGGCGUCGGUAAGAGGCUUUGGUGCAUUCCCAGGACGAGUACACAGAAGCUCAUGUUAUUUGCAUCAGGGGUGGGUCUGGCGUAGGCUGCAAGCUACAGCAGGAAUUCUUUGCUCACGGUUCAGGAAUGCAAAGUGGGUGACAUUGACUCAUUAAUCUGUGAGUUGUUGCUGUUGGCUUGCAGCCCAGGCUGCCUGGAUAGACUUUGCAGAUCUUUCAAAGCUUCACCUAAAGUGGCCAUUCGGGGUUCACAGGAGGAGGAGGAGGCCUCUACUGCAUUUGGCACCAGCUUGGCAGUGUUAUGCACAUGAUCUGGUGGGAAGUACAGUUCCUAUCUCCACGUAUUUGUCACUUUAGGAAAUGCAGAGAGAAUCCUAUUUUUCUAGCUUUAUUUUGCACUGUCUCUUGUGCAUUCUCAUUCAUCUGUAUUGAUCUACUUUGCAUGGAGGCAAUAGAGAUGAAAUUAAAAAACAAUGUCAGAACAGU